GAUGCUACUCCUCCGGCCGGAUGGGCGCCGCCAUUAAGCCUUAAUGCAAGCAGCGUUGUUGUUCAUAACAGGUCUAGUCGAAUAAAAAGCCACCUUCGCUUUCCAAAACUAGUUUUGGGCAGAGCAAAGAACGCAGCCAUGGACAACCACAUGGCACAAAAGACGUGGGAGUUGUCGAACAACGUUGAGACAAUUCAGAGCGUCGACGAUCUGUACAAAUACAACAAGAAGCAGCAGCAGGAUAUUCUCACGGCAAAACCAUGGGAAAAGGACCCGCACUACUUCAAGGACAUGAAGGUGUCGGCACUCGCUCUGCUCAAGAUGGUGAUGCACGCCCGUUCGGGUGGCACCCUGGAGGUAAUGGGCCUUCUGCUGGGCAAGGUGGAUGCUAACACCAUGCUGGUGAUGGACUCGUUCGCGCUGCCCGUGGAAGGCACGGAGACGCGGGUGAACGCCCAGGCGCAGGCAUACGAGUACAUGGCAGCUUACACGGAGAGUGCCAAGACGGUGGGGCGGCUGGAGAACGUUGUUGGCUGGUACCACUCGCACCCGGGCUACGGCUGCUGGCUGUCUGGCAUCGACGUCAGCACCCAGAUGCUCAACCAGCAGUUCCAGGAGCCGUUUGUGGCCAUCGUGAUCGAUCCCGUCAGGACCAUCUCGGCGGGCAAGGUGAACCUGGGGGCCUUCAGAACCUACCCAAAGGGCUACAAGCCGCCGGACGAAGGGCCCGCCGAGUACCAGACGAUCCCCCUGAACAAGAUUGAGGACUUUGGGGUGCAUUGCAAGCAGUACUACUCCCUGGAGGUGUCCUACUUCAAGUCGUCGUUGGACCGCAGGCUCCUUGACUCCCUGUGGAACAAGUACUGGGUCAACACCCUCAGCUCCUCCAGCCUCCUGACGAAUGCAGAAUACACCACGGGACAGGUGUUCGACCUCUCGGACAAGCUGGAGCAGUCGGAGUCCCAGUUGGGCAGGGGUGGCUUCGUCCUGGGGCUGGACCCCCACGAGAAGCGGACGGAGGACAAGCUGGCCAAGGCCACCAAGGACAGCUGCAAGUCCACCAUAGAGGUCAUCCACGGACUCAUGUCCCAGGUCAUCAAGGACAGGCUCUUCAACCAGGUCAACUGCACCCAGGACCUCCAGUGAAACCUUACGUCCUCGACUGCCAUCUGUUCUUUUUGUUUUUUCUAAUCGCAGGUUCCGCAAGACCUGUAAUUCGAAUUGCUUCGAGGAGAGCUUCUCCGAAUAAAGUCGGACGUGUACGACAGCCACGACGUGCUGUUG